AAUGUUAGCAGUUGUUUUCACGUUCCUACUCUGUCUCAGUUUUCCACAAAGUUUUGAGUCAUGUAGCUGUAUGGAAUUUCAAUCAGAGAAAGAUGGAUAUUGCGCAACUUCAUGGAUUUCCAAAGUGAAAGUCGUUUCGAAGGAAACUGAUGGGCUUGGAUUAAUGAUGUCAUAUCGAUUGGAACAUUUGAAAGUUAUCAAGGCACCAGAAAACAUGACUUUACCGGAGACAAUGAACACUGCAACGCAAGAAAGUGCUUGUGGUCAGACUAAAUUUAAAGUUGGGAAGCAGUAUAUUUUUGGAGGAUCCUUGGCAAACAACGAUUCUCUUUUGAUAACAUUUUGCGACUGGCGUGUUCCAUUAAAAUACAUUGAUGAGCCAAAACUCGAGAUGAAGCCGACUUGGAAGAAGUUUGUGGAUUCGGUUGGAAAAUGUCCUCCACCACCUUCCCCGCUUUCUUCGUAAUUUCAACAUUUUUUUUGUGAGCAUUUGGCAUUUUAUUACAACAUUUUCGAAGUCAAUUGUGUGAAAAUUUUCAAACAAUAAGAG